AUGGACAUUGGCGGUGAAAAUGUCACAGGAGAUGAGUGUGUGGCAGCAGCAGCAUGGGAGAAUGGCAGCAUAGGCCAUCAACAUGUUCCUGAAAAACUCCCUCGUUUGUAUCGCCUUCCUGGCGAUCGCCAACGCUCAGUUCAACACCAACUCUUCGAGUGGAAGUGGGACGACAUCGCCGCCGAGUGCGAGAACUUCCUGGGCCCAAAGGGCUACGCCGGUAUUCAGGUGUCGCCCGUGAACGAGAACGCCGUGAAGGAUGGACGCCCGUGGUGGGAGCGCUACCAGCCCAUCUCAUACAAGCUGACCACCCGUUCUGGCAACGAGCAGCAGUUCGCCAGCAUGGUCAGGCGUUGCAACAACGUCGGAGUGCGCACCUACGUGGACGUCGUCUUCAACCAUAUGUCAGCUGAUGGUGGCACCUACGGAACCGGCGGCAGCACCGCCAGCCCCAGCACCAAAAGCUACCCUGCAGUGCCCUUCUCUUCUCUGGACUUCAACCCCACCUGCGGCAUCUCGAACUACAACGACGCCAACCAGGUUCGCAACUGCGAGCUGGUGGGUCUGCGUGACCUGAACCAGGGCAACUCCUAUGUCCGGGACAAGGUUGUGGAAUUCUUNCAUCCUGCAUAG